AUGCUCCAAAGACGUCGUGGACCUGAACAGCCUGUGCGAGAAUCUUCGAUACCCAACUCGUCAAUGGGAGGUGUGAAAAGCCUGGCAACUAUCACUGAUCCUGAACUGCAACAGUUGGCCGAAUUCGAAUCAAUCCCACGCUUAGCUACAUUGUCUGAACACAUCGGCUUUGUACCACCAGACAAUGUGAAGGUUCAAGUCGAAUGCCAUGAUACCGGCAUGAACGUCACCUUCCUUUUGAAAGCGCCCAAUGAGAAGUACACUGGCGCUGUGUAUGCUGCAGAACGUUUUGAACAGUGUCGUGUGUUCGUUCGAUCAUCGAGCAGAUUCGCCAUCUUCAUUCCACGACCGCAACAUAACACAUGGUGUAAUGCUCUUGAGAUAGACAAAAUCGUCUCGGCCGUCAUCGUGAUGUCGAACGAUCGAGUCCUUCCUCACGACGUUACCACCAAAGAUGACCUCUUCUUCCAUGUCACAUGUAACUACACUGCCGCAACUGUAAACGAAAUUAGGCAAGGAGUAGUAGUCGGAGGCCCAUCACCCGUGGCAAUAGCUUCCAGUGAAGUACAUCGUCAAAUCUCUCUACAGAUCAUGAGAAGAGGUCAUCCAGUUGAUAGCGUCUUCAUAGGAGAGACAUUGGUUGCCCGUGUUGAAAGCGACAUUUCUCCCGAUCGCCUACGUGUUAUCGAGUGUACGGCCCACCGCGUCGGUGGCACAGGACCUCCAACCUCUGUGGGUUUGAUCGCUGAUGGAUGUGCUCUUCUUCCGUCGUUGAUGUCGCCUAUGACCAUGGGUACACACGGUUGGGAAUCUUCGUUAUCGGCAUUCCGCAUAGACGGCAGCGAGCAGAUCGACGUCGUUUGCAUGGUGGCUGUUUGUCCAGACGAAUCAUGCCCACAGCAGUCUUGUACAUCGAACAAAGAUCGACCAACCCGAUCACUGGAGGAUGAACAUCCUGUUCGUGUAGAUCGUCGCCUCAUUGUCAAAGCAAGAGCUUUGCAGGAUCUCGAGAAAGACGAACACGCGUUUUCAGGAUCUGGUGGACCUUCCUCCGCAGGACAAGCAGGAUCUCCGUUCGAAGGACCUGAAGGACUAUUCCCUGGAGGACGAGGAGGAUCUUCUUUUGGAGGACCUGGAAUAUAUCCUCGUGAUGGAUAUGGAGGAUCUCCUUUUGCACGGCCUGGUGGAUGGUUCUGA